CUAUUCCACCCCCAACUGACACAAACAAUGGGGCACUAUUCCUCCCCCCCCACUGACACCAACGAUGGGGCACUAUUCCACCCCCCACUGACACCAACGAUGGGGCACUAUUCACCCCCACUGACACCAACGAUGGGGCAAUAUUCCACCCCCCACUGACAACCAAACAAUGGGGCACUAUUCCUCCCCCCACUGACACCAACGAUGGGGCACUAUUCCCCCCCCCCACUGACACCAACCAACGAUGGAGCA